UGUGGGUGAGGAGGAGCAGGGGGGCUGUUUAACACCCCUGAGGGUGUAGUUCUGUGUUUUUCCAGGCAUUCCCAACCUGAUCACAGCUGACAUGAUCAAAGAAGGAGCUGCAGUGAUUGAUGUGGGAAUAACCAGAGUGCAGGAUCCUGUCACUGCCAAGUCCAGGCUGGUUGGGGACGUGGAUUUUGAAGGGGUGAGGAAGAAGGCCAGUUACAUCACCCCGGUGCCGGGGGGAGUGGGGCCCAUGACCGUGGCCAUGCUGAUGAAAAACACCAUCAUUGCUGCCAAGAAGCUGCUGAAACCCAAAGAGUUGGAAGCACUGACUGCUUGACCAUCCUUCUCCUUUGUAGCACUGAAAGCAACAUUCCAAACUGACUCCCAAACAGGCCGAUAGAAAAUGCAAUAUUUUUUUAUUUAUUGUCUUGGAAUGGGAAAUUUCCCACUCGGAGGUCGCAGGUAUUUAUUGGAGCUGAAGCAGCUGCAUCUGGUGGUACUGAGGUGUGUGAAUCUUCAUGCCUGUGCUCCUCCUGCUUGUAAAGCUGCUUUAUGUGUGAGCCAGACCUGCUCCUGCAGGGAUUUGGGAUCCUGGGAAUGCAGCUUUCCCGGGAGCUCGGUCAGCAGUCCCUUGGGAUUUGCUCCAUGGUACAAAGCCUUGAUGGUUCUGUUCUCACAGAUCUGGAGCGUGGCCUGGGCUGGUCUCCUGCUCAAUGCUGGAUGUUUAGUUCGAGCUCUUCUGUAGAAGAAGUUACUUGAAAAAUUAAAAAUAAAGCCAUAUUUGUGCUCUGGGGCUGGGCAGGGCCCUGGGCAGUGGCAGAGCUGUUGUAACAUGUCCUAGUGUGCAGCUAAGCUGGGGUUUUUUGCUGUUUGGUUGGUGAAUUUUUUUUAAAAAGCCUUUUUUUUCUAACCAAAGAACAGUGUGGGGAGGGUUUGGUGUCCACAGAGGGCACACAGGAGGUUCCCUGGGCUGUGUUAUGAAGUGUGUAACUAGUGAGUAAUGCAGGCUAACUAAAUAAAGUGUGAGAAGACAAAAAAAA